AUGUCGGGUCGCUCGAGUCCCGUGAACGGCGGCUACGAGGUCGCAAGCGUGGAGCCUGCAAUGAGGCUCACUGUCCGCAAGGACCUCUUCCCCGAGGAACGUCUAUCUAAAAUAUCUCCUGUCAUUUCCAGCGGUGAGAUGUUGCAAGAAGGACUGGAAGGUGUCUCUUGCGUGAAGCUCGAAACGGACUUCGAGCAAAGCAUUGAUGACAUUGCCAAUCAAAAACUGCACGUCAACAAUGGAGCUCCUCCAUCUCCUACGCGUACCCGUCACAGAAAGCACAAACAACACUCUAGGCGUGAUGCUGAUCGGUCACCAGUUAAUGGUUGUCUGUCCUCACAAAAGAAAAAAAAGAAAAGGUACCUUCGUGAAUACCAUGAAAGGAAUGCAAAGACAAACAAUAUAGUGCCCUCACAAGUGAAAGGUGGCAAAAACUUAUAUUUAGUCAGUAGCAGUGAGUGUCAAAAUGAAGAGGAUGAUGAUGAAGAAAAUUCAAAUGAAAGUGAAAGUUCAGAGGAUGAAGUCCUCAAGUGCAGUGUUAAGUUACCUAUUAUUAAUAUACAACGACAAAGUGGCAAACCUUACAGUCAUGAACUUAGUCAAUUAUCAACAAAAAAAAAUAAAUCGAAAGAAUCUUCCAAGGAAAAAAGGACUCAUAUAGUAAUGCCGUGUAGUGGUAAACCACGGUCAAUGAUAGGCAUUUGUAGUUCACGUAGCAAGAAGAAGUCUAAGAAGUUUGAAUAUACCUCCACAUAUCAGAGCCAGAUAGUGGAUAAUAAAACAAAUAUAAAACUUAAAAUCAGAAGGACAAGCAUCCAUGAAAUGAUUACACCAACACCAACUUCGGUAGCCGAUAUUGGCCAGAGAAAAUCCAAAAAGAAGAGAGCUUGUACACCUGAAGUGAGUGAAAGCUCUGGUGAGGAAUAUGACCCAUCGCGUGGUGACACGGCAGCAGCAAUGAGCGUGGCUGCCCCGAAGCCUCGACUACCGCGUCCAAAGACGCGCAAAAUUAACAAUAAUAAAACUAAACGUGAAAAGACUGACAAAAGUAGAGUUAGCAGAGAUAAUAAUAAAUCUAAAGAUACUGGGCCACAAAGUCCAUGGGCUCGUGCCAUGCCUGAAGAGAUUCUCUUUAAAAUUUUUGAUUAUAUUGUGUCAUCUCAAGGCACUGUACCUUCUGUUAUCAGGUUGAGCAAAGUUUGCAAGUUGUGGCACAGUGUGAGUUGUAGGCCAGAACUAUGGAGGAAUGUAGAUCUUGCACAAUACACAAAUGAGAAAUGUAAAACUGACUAUAAACUGGUGUGGCUACUUGAGAAUCGUUUGUCACAAUGUCAGAGUUUAAAUAUUGCUCAAUGGAAAGUAUGCAAUAUAUCGUGGGUGUUAGCGUGUGUGGCCGACUACUGCCCCCGUUUGGUUGAGCUAAGUGUGGCGGGAUGGAGCAGGAUUACGCCCGAGCAACUCUAUGAUCUAGUUCAGGGUCUGCCAAAACUACAACGUCUUGAUCUGUCACUCACGUCCGAAACAGGAGGAUCCAGCACUUGUCUCUCGGCGUCUUCGGUAGCCCGGGUGGCAGAGAAUUUCGGCGAUCGACUAACGCAUCUAACUUUAGCCAACAACAAGUUUACGGCGUUGCCGCAGAUUCUCACCACUGUUGCUGCGCACUGCCCAAAUUUGGAGAUGCUGGACAUAUCGGGUGCUAUGGCGACCACCCACCCCGCCGCUGUGCCACUGGAGGCCCUGCAGAAGGGUUGCCCCAAAAUGCGCAUCUUCAGAGCGGCCAACGCCCAAUUGGUCCUGGCCUCUGCCACCACCUCUCAACAGAUGGAGGCGGAGGGGUGGCCGUGCCUGGAGGAGCUGUCGAUCGCGGGCGAGGCGACGGCGGAGCGCGUGGGCGAGUACCGGCUGGGCGACGAGGCUCUGGCGCGGCUGGUGCGCGGCGCCACGCGGCUGCGGCUGCUCGACCUGCGCGGGCUGCAGCGGCUCACCGACUCCGGGCUGGUGCGCGUGCCCGCCUGGGACCUGCAGCACCUCUUUCUCGGAGGUUGCAACGUGCUACGACAGAGCAGCGCCUGUCUCGAGCUGAUCUGCGAGAAGUGGUCCCAUAGCCUUCUGGAGCUGGACCUCUCCUGGGCGUCAGCAUCCAGGGUGCUCGGCGAUGCUUUGGCAGCCCUCGCUGAAUCCCCUAACAGCAAGCUCAGAAUACUCAACUUAUGUGGAUCGGCAAUAUUUUUGGAGCAAUUGAAAAAAGUUUUAUUAAAGUGUACACAAUUAGAAUCCGUGAACCUCAGCUCGUGCCGUGCCCUGCCGCGAGGCAUGAAGCGCCUUUACACUGGAAAGGAACUGCAAGACCUAAAAGACAGCUUGGAUCCAGAAAAGGCGAAACCAAAAGAUGACUCGGACGACAAUGACAAAAAAGUGAAGACCGCAAAGAAAGAGGCCGAUUCAAAAUCUGGUAGUAAUACACCUAAAGCAUCCCCAAGGAAAGACGUAUCUGAAAACACUAGUGCCAAAGCUGAACGGAAAUCUUCAGAAAAGUCUUCCCCUUGUGUAUUCCAAGAACCUAAAAGUGUAUCCGACGCCAGUAGCAACCCCUCUAGUAAUCAAUCAUCUCUCCCUUCCGUAAAUAUUAAGACAGUGGAAUCAUCGAAAGAAGUAAGGGGAACUGUCACCUCGUUUGUGAACAACAAAAAGUCCAGGACUCCUACUUCCAAUUUGUCGAGUCCUCUUGCUCAAUCGAAACCAGAUUCUUCCUCCACCCCGAGGUCGGAACCGGUCAAAACGGACCUCGGGAGUCCACACUUUAGUCCCGUCCGAAAACCCGAUAGCCAAGUGCCUAAUAGUCCUGAUGUACAAUUAGAAUCAAUAAAAAGCAAUAACUCGUGGAGUUUGGGACAGUUCAAAACCACACCCACCCAUAAAUCCGAAGCUAGCCCACUCAAUAGAUUAGAGAACCACAAUACUAGCAAGUUGAAGCAUAGCAAUGUAGUCGAACAAUGUAGUCCAACUACAUCAGUAGAAAACAAACUUAGUCCCGAAACUCACAACCUGAAACCGGACAUAAAAAAUCCCAAUAGCUGGAACUAUUCCGGCGGCUAUAGCCCUAUGACUAGACAAGAUAACCAAUUCUCCUCCCAAAGGAGCCCAUACUCCGCUCAACCUAGCCCUGCUCAACCCAGCCCCUACUCCACCCAACCGAGCCCCUACUCGACACAACCUAGUCCAUACUCGUCACAACCUAGUCCCUAUUCCGCACAACCGAGUCCAGACACGAGUCAGAUUGUGAAAGCGGACCUUCAGAAAUCCGGCGUAUGGAACACUGGCAAUUUCAGUCCAAUGCCAAAACAGCAUACGCCCUUCUCACCUCACCCCUCCACCCAUACGAGUCCCGACCCCGGCCUCGGUGUAAAAAGUGACGCGUUCCGUAACAACUGCAACAAAACACCCGGCCAAUACAGCCCCAUGUCGCGUCAGGAUCGGAUGCACCACAGCCCCUAUUCGCCCAGGCCUAGUGUUGAUAAUGUAUAUAGUAACAAAAAGAGCCCCGGAGUGGGAAAGUACAGUCCAAUGAUGCGUCCCGAAUGCCACCUGCCCAGCCCGGAUCGCGGGCACACGUCCAGGCCCAUGUUGAGUGGCCGGCCGCAGGACAUGUACGGGCGGGCCGUGUCCAAAAUGUCCGAGAUGGUCCAGAGCAUACCGCCUCCGGAGGUGCCCAACUCGUGGGGGUUCGGCCAGGUCGACAACACGCCCGCCGGCGGCAUAGAGUCGCUGGUCUGGGGUUCGUCGGCCUUCGGCGCGGAGCCCACUAUGCAGCCGCGCAACGUGGACAACAUGCCGACGAUGCUGAACACGCCGCCGCCCCAGACUUGGAGCAACCUGCCGUCCUUUGACAGCGGCAUACGCAGGCCCAACGAAAUGAACGACCCGUGGACGUUGGGCGAGUUCCGCGUGGAGCCGCCGCAUCAAGCGCACAACGCCUUCUCCGACCAGAACGUGAACUUUGACGCGUUGAGUUCCCACAUUAGCCAGUCCCACGUGCUGCAGAGCUACCUGGACGACACCUACACGGAAGCGUCCCGUGUGGAC